CCGCGGUGGGAGGAGGCACCGGCCGCGCGGCGGGUGGAGGUGCUGGCCUAGUAGUGCAGACAGCGCCGGGAAGAUGAGCAUGGCAGGUGGCGGCCGUCGCCGCCAGGCGCAAGUGUCCCGCUGCAUCUCCUUCAGCGCGAGCCACCGAUUGUACAGUAAAUUUCUGAGUGAUGAAGAAAACUUGAAACUGUUUGGGAAAUGCAGCAAUCCAAAUGGCCAUGGACACAAUUAUAAAGUUGUGGUGACAGUACAUGGAGAGAUUGACCCUGCUACGGGAAUGGUUAUGAAUUUGGCUGAUCUCAAAAAACAUAUGGAGGAGGCGAUUAUGCAACCCCUUGAUCAUAAGAAUCUGGAUAUGGAUGUGCCAUACUUUGCAGAUGUGGUGAGCACGACUGAAAAUGUAGCUGUUUAUAUCUGGGACAACCUCCAGAAAGUUCUUCCUGUAGGAGUUCUUUAUAAAGUAAAAGUAUACGAAACUGACAAUAAUAUUGUAGUUUAUAAAGGAGAAUAGCUAUUAGGGGCUAGCAUUGUACAAAGCCCAGUUUCCUUCUGUGUUUGAAAAAUAUUUUGAUCCCCUUGGAGUAUUAAGAGGUCAACACGUGAUUGUUGUACCUCCACAUUGUGCUCUGGAGUCCCUAUUUAUUGAAAUCAUUGUAAGACCUAUUAUAAAUUUAAGUCUAUUUAAAACUAAACUUGUAAUAUAUUCUGAAAAUCAUUUAGAGAGUCUUUUAUUUAUAAAUUAAAAAUCACUUCAUUUCCAGCAAAAUGUUUUGGUGUGGAAUUAUUUGAAAGCAAAAGAAAUCUAAUUUUGUUGUUUUCUCCAUUACCUCAUUUUUAGUAUUCAUUUUUACUUGGUAUAAUAUACAUGGUUAAAAUGCUUAUAUGACUUCGAGUAUGUGAAUCUUAUAAGAAAUAAAAUUCAAGUGACC